CCUACUGUCCUCGUCGGCAACGGAGGCUACACUGCCGCAUCUGGCCUUCUAACAGUGCAAGACGACCUGGCCGACGCAAUCUCAUACGGCCGGCGCUUCAUCUCCAACCCCGACCUCGUCCAACGUCUUCGUCUGGGACAACCACUCAGUCCCUACGAUCGGGACACUUUUUACACCCAUGGCGCUGAAGGAUACACCUCCUACAGCAACUUUGAGGAGCACAAGAGA